GUCCUGUUUUUGGCGGAAGCACAGGGAGAGAAGGAGGAGCUAUCCUAGGGGACGCGGCCUCGCCAGUGGCGUGGGGGUUGCUUCCGGGUUGCGCUCCCGGAAGUAGGAAGUUGUCGGCCCAUCCUCCUCGCCCGGCGGCCGCUGUCCCCGAGGCGGGAGGAGCCCGAGGGGGCGCGGGCCCCGCAUGGAUUUUUUAUUGGAAGACAUGGAUGUUGCCGCCAAUGAGCUCAGCAUUUAUGACAAACUUGCCGAGACUGUUGAUUUGGUGAGACAGACAGGCCAUCAGUGUGGCAUGUCAGAGAAGGCAAUUGAAAAAUUUAUCAGGCAGCUCCUGGAAAAGAAUGAGCCUCAGAGGGGGCCACCCCAGUAUCCUCUCCUUAUAGCUGUGUAUAAGGUCUUCGUAACCUUGGGAUUAAUCUUGCUCACUGCCUACUUUGUGAUUCAACCUUUCAGCCCAUUAGCACCUGAACCGGUGCUUUCUGGAGCUCACACCUGGCGCUCUCUCAUCCAUCACAUUCGGCUGAUGUCCUUGCCCAUUACUAAGAAGUAUAUGCCAGAAAAUAAGGGAGUUCCUCUUCGUGGCGGUGAUGAGGACAGAUCCUUUCCAGACUUUGACCUCUGGGGGACAAACGACAGUGAGCAGAAUGAGUCAGAGCCUGUCCCUGCCAACUGCACUGGCUGUGCCCAGAAACUAUCCCUGAAGGUAGUGCUCCUAGAAGAUGCCCCAAAGAAAUUUGAGAGGCUCCAUCCUCUGGUGAUCAAGACGGGACAGCCCCUGUUGUCUGAGGAGAUUCAGCACUUUUUGUGCCAGUACCCUGAGGUGACAGAAGGCUUCACAGAAGGGUUUUUCACCAAGUGGUGGCGUUGCUUUCCUGAAAGGUGGUUCCCAUUUCCUUACCCAUGGAGAAGACCUCUGAAUAGAUCACAAAUCUUACGUGAGCUUUUUCCUGUUUUCACUGACCUGCCAUUUCCAAAAGAUGCCUCUUUAAAAAAGUGCUUCCUUCUUCACCCAGAACCUGUUGUGGGGAGUAAGAUGCAUAAGAUGCAUGACCUAUUUACCAUUGGCAGCGGCGAGGCCAUGUUGCAGCUCAUCCCUCCUUUCCAUUGCCGAAGACACUGCCAGUCUGUGGCCCUGCCAGUGGAGCCAGGGGAUGUUGGCUAUGCCGGCGCCACCCACUGGAAGGUCUACAUUGUAGCCAGAGGGGUCCAGCCUUUGGUCAUCUGCGACGGAACCACUCUCUCAGAACUAUAGGAAGCAGAACUUUAUUCAGGAACAGUUUGAGAGCUGAAAACCAGGUUGAAAGGGGGGAAAUAAAAACAAAAACAAUGAAACCGCUCUCUACAGGUUGGCUACUAAGUUACCUGCCCUUUGCAUGCAUGUGCCAGCCAGCUGUGAACUGUGAGGCAGUGGCCAGGGCCAACCCCUCCUGACUUUCCGCAGGUCAUUCGGGAAGAAUUCUAGCCUGGCCACUUGGUUAGGACUUUGCCAGCACCCAUCUGUGAAAAACUGAGCUCUUCCAGGCCUUUGGGCACUGUGACACUGAGGCCGCCCCUCAGACAGGAAAUAGGGCUGGUGCCUUCCUUCACUAGCAUCGGCACAAUCCGCCCUGCUGGCUCCCUGCAGCCAAGAGAGCAGCCAGCCAGUUCUGACACAGAGCCAUCCUUUACCAGGUGAGCCUGUUCAUCCCCGUCUUCCUGGCCUCAUCACCUGUACUUUUUUGGAAAGCCACGGCUGAUUGAAGAAAUCAUUGCAGUUUCUCGAACAAGAUUGAAUCUAGAACUGGUGAAAAAAGAUCAAAUAACCUUGAGUUGCACUCAAGUGUACUUCUUUCCCAGUGCCCAUGGCUCUUGGAGUCUCAGCGAUGCCAGAGUAGAGUCUGAUUACAAUUUAAAAUGGGAAUUCCUAAAGUAAUAUUUUUCUCCAUUUUAUCAGGUUCUUAAACUCCCUGCCCGGUCCCUUGCCUAUGUGGUUGGUUUUUCAGAAGCUUGGCUCUGGUCCCCUCUGCCUCGACUGGGCCAGAGCCCGUUACUGCUGGGGCAGCACUGCUCCUGUCAACUGCGUCGUCUUUACCAAGUGUCUUCAGAGAGGAAUGAGUUAGAGUAGCUGGCCCGGGGAGAGGGUGCCUCCCUGGGUUUCAUCUUUAGGGUCUGAUUUUCUGCAGAGAAGAUGUUUUACAGAUGCGUCAAAGCUGAUGUUGUAAUGUGGUUGUGGGAGGAACUCCAGACCCAAAGGGUUUGCCAGCUGCGUGUGCAACUGACCAUGUGAUCCGCUGUCUUGAACUGAUUGCUGUCUCUGUGCUGGGAAACAAGGUGAGGUGUUUUAUUUUUUGCAAUAAUAUAAAGCUGUGUUCUUCUGAUUGGA